GACAAUUUUCGGAGAAGGAAAAUCACCUUUAUGGAAAAGGCAGACGAGUUAAGGAGCGAGUUUGGCUAUGACAUUUAUGUUUUGGGACGGAGGAACGGAAAACUCUUUAAUUAUAUAUCUAGAGAUAGAUCUAGAGAUAGACCUUCCUGGCCGCUUAGCUUAAUAGAAGUCAUAAGUGGCAGUUAUCUUAGGGCAGAGAGAUAUAUACCGGCUAGCUUCUUAAAACGAGGCACCAAAUCUCUGCUCUAUAAAGGCCGGAAGGGACGAGAUAAUCCCAUGGCGAGAAUUGAGAACCUUUAG